AUGCGACACAUUGCAUGGCUUCACCGUUCGUACGUGGCCAUCCACAACAGACGUGUGUCGAAGCGUAUCUCCACGUCAAGCCUAACAAGCUCACCUCUCUUUCCCACGCGUCAGUCUCUCCCCCACGUGUCCAUCCCCUUCUCCCUCUCUAUAUACGCUCCCUUCAAUUCCAUCGCCCGUCGAUAUCCUUCUCCCUAUGAGAACUUCCCUUCAGACCAUGGGCGACAGCGAGCGCGAGCGGCACCCGACCGAAGCCGUGAAGGGCUACCUGCCGGAGAAAGGCCCCUCGACCUCUCAAGCUCUCGCGGUGGCCACGCUGCUACCCCUCGGCGGCGGCCUACUCGCCCUCGCGGGGCUCACGCUCGUCGGCUCGCUGAUAGGGCUCGCCGUGCUGACGCCGCUGUUGCUGCUGUUCGGCCCGGUGGUGGUGCCUGCGGCGCUCCUGGUGGCGCUGGCGGUGACCGGGUUCCUGGCGUCGGGCGCCUUCGGGCUUACGGGGUUGUCGUCGAUGGGGUACCUGCUGAACCAGGCGAGAGGGAUGUUGCAUAGGACGCCGGAGCAGAUGGAGGACACGAAGCGAAGGGUGGGGGAGGUGGGACAGAGAGCGAAGGAGGCCGCGCGUUCCGGUCAGAGAACCUAAAGCCAUCUCCACGUACGUGUAAUCUUGGUGCUGUAGUUUGAGGAUGUGAUCCAACCCGUUAGCAGAAAAUAAUCACGUAAUGAUAAUGCUUUUACGAUCGUUCCCUAAAAUUCAUUUUCCGACAUUAAAUAUAGAGACUAAUAAACAAUUCUACCAAUAAACAGAUAUUUGUGUCUUCUAUAUUUUGUCGUCUCAUCUAUCGCCAGGCA